GAAAGCCAGAAAGUGAAGGUGUUGCCAGGCGUUGUGAAUUGACAAUUGAGGCUCCUUUUCGUGUUGUGCAGCGUGGCCUUGGCAAGGCCGCACUAUCACUCCCAGCAUCACCCAGCACAGGCACCACAGCAACCCACCACUCAAAAGGCGGUAGUCUGCACAGAUAUCCCUCCAUCACAUCCACAAAGCGUAGUAGGGACAACCAUCCCUUCAUCCUCUCCAUCCCGCCAAAUGAGCAUCCCACACCCAUUGCAAUCCCCACCGCAACCGCCACCCCAACUAAACUCACCAUCCACAGCGAGCACGCCAUCACCAGUAGCCGCCGACGUCGGAAAUUCGACGGUCCAUUUGAGGAAGAUGUCGACGGCGGGGAGUCAGAGGGGGGUGCACCAGGAUGGGAGUGGGGCGAGUGAGAGGCAGGGCGAAAGACGGGCGCCGGGGCUGGGGCAGGCGCAGGCGCCACCGGGGAGGACGAAAAAAGGUUUGUAUGGGUGCAGCAAAACCAUGGAAACAGCAAAACCUCCCCUACUACUUCCCCAUCCUAACCCCCGCUCUCGUCACAACCCCUCUCCUCCUCGUCGCCGCCCUCUUCAUCCCCCUCGGCGCCUACCUGCACCACGCAAACACCUCCCUCUCCGAAAUCGGGUUCGACUACACCGAGUGCUCCACCCUCGCCUCCACCACCUACGCGCCGCCACCUCCCCACGUCUCCUCCAAUGUCCAGGCGUGGAAAUACGAUCCUGCGACGUCCACAUGCACGCUGCAGCUCGCCGUCGGGUGGACGCUCCCCGCCCCAGUGUUUAUGUACAUCGCGCUGACAAAUUUCUACCAAAAUCACCGGCUGUACGUCAAAUCGCUGUCUCACGACCAACUGAAGGGCAAGGCGUUCAUGAAAGCAGGGGACAUCACGGGGAUAUGCUCGUGGCUGCAGUAUGCGAAUUGCGAUAAGGCGCGGCAGGUGGGGACGUGGCAGGGGGUGGGGAAUAUGGCGGAUAUGAACCCGGAUUGUAGGAAAGGGGAAGGUGAACGGGAUGCGGUUGUGAAGAAUGCGGUGACGGAUGCGCAGUAUUAUCCGUGUGGGUUGAUUGCGAAUUCUGUGUUUUCGGACGACAUCGGCGCCCUCUCCCCAACCGGCUCCGCCCCAACAACAACCACCCCCUACACCUUCGCCACAACUGACAUAGCCUGGCCCGAAGACCGCGAAUCCUACGCCCUCUCCACCUGGUUCACCGAUCCCUCUCUCGCCUCCCAAAUCCCCACCACCCUCAUCCCACCACCCCAAUGGCGGUGGAAAUACCCCCAGGGCUACAACGCCACCAACCACCCGGACCUCAGCACCGACCAACGCCUCAUGGUCUGGAUGCGGAAAGCGGGAUUCCCAUCUUUUCGGAAAUUAUGGGGGAAGAACGCGGACGCGGAUCUGGUGAAGGGGGUGUAUGAGCUAGCGAUUGUGGAUCGGUUCGAUGUACGGCGGUUUGAGGGCACCAAAGGCGUGUACUUCUCGACGUUAGGCCCGUUGGGGAGUCGGGAGAGUUUUGUGGGGAUUAUGUUGCUGGCGGUGGGUGCCCUGGCUGGGUUUUUGGCGUUUGUGGUGUGGGUCGUUCGGGUUAGGAAACUCGGCGACCGGUCCUACCUCUCCUGGAACGCUGACAAGCCGCCGGCUUUGCGGAACUAGACGAUCGCUAACCUCACUCGGAUACCGUUUUCUGCUUCCUAUACCAUCCACACCUCCUAUGACUUCGCACCGCACCCUCCAUUAAUCAUAUCUCAGUGCGGAAUAUCGCACAACUUUUUUUUGGGAUGCUCUCCCCACAGAGCCCCUGACUCCGUAUUGUACAUUUCAUACUAUGCCAAUUCAGAUCAUCAUUUUUGCGUU